GAGAUCCUCCGGGAGGGCGACACGGACCACGACGGGGAGCUGAAUUUCGAGGAGUUUGCCCGCUACCUCCAGGAGCGCGAGCGGAAGCUGCUGCUGAUGUUCCACAGCCUGGACCACAACCAGGACGGCCAGAUCGAUGUUUCCGAGAUCCAGCAGACCUUCCACAGCCUGGGCGUUUACAUCUCCCUGCAGCAAGCGGAGAAGAUCUUGCACAGCAUCGACAAGGACGGCACGAUGACCAUCGACUGGCACGAAUGGCGGGACCAUUUCAUCCUCAACCCCUUGGAGAACAUGGAGGAGAUCGUACAUUACUGGAAGCACUCGACG